CGACCAGAACUCCUCGACUCUUCGACCCAUCUCACUCUCCGACUCUUCGACUCAUCUCUCUCACGAAAAACGGAAGAAGCGAGAUCUCGAAUUUUCUAGGGUUUUCGUCCCAAUCGAUCAUGUACAGAACUGCAGCUUCUCGACUCAGAUCUCUCAAGGGACAUGUGGGUGAUAGGGCAACAGCAUCGAGAUUUGCUAGUACGAGCAUUGCGAAAAGGUCAUCUUCUGGAGGUUUCUUCAGCUGGAUCACUGGAGAACGAUCUAAUUCACUCCCCCCUCCAGAUUUUUCACUUUCGGAUAUUGUCCUCCCACCUCCUUUGCCAGACUAUGUAGAACCAGGCAAGACAAAAAUAACAACUCUUUCCAAUGGUGUGAAGAUUGCCUCUGAAGCAUCUGUGAGUCCAGCUGCCUCGAUAGGAUUAUAUGUCGACUGCGGUUCUGUCUAUGAAACACCUGUUUCAGUCGGGGCUACGCACUUGUUGGAACAGAUGGCCUUCAAGACCACAACGAACCGAAGCCAUCUACGCAUCGUACGAGAAGUCGAGGCAAUCGGUGGCAAUGUCACAGCAUCGGCUUCUCGUGAACAGAUGGGCUAUUCUUAUGAUGCUCUAAAAACAUAUGUGCCUGAAAUGGUUGAGGUUCUUAUUGACUGUGUAAGGAACCCUGUUUUCCUUGAUUGGGAAGUUAAUGAGCAGCUGAAGAAGUUGAAGGCACAGUUAGCAGACAUCCAUAAGAAUCCUCAUGAUUUGCUUUUGGAGGCAAUUCAUUCUGCUGGAUAUUCUGGUGCAUUGGCAAUUCCUCUCAUAGCCCCCGAAUCUGCAUUAAGCAGAUUAAAUAGUACAAUUUUGGAAGAAUUUGUUGCGGAGAACUAUACUGCUCCCAGGAUGGUACUUGCAGCAUCAGGGGUAGAACAUGAGGAAUUGCUAUCAUAUGCAGAGCCUCUUCUGUCUGAUAUUCCUAAGGUGCCUCCUCCUGAGGUGCCAAAAUCUGUGUAUAUUGGGGGUGAUUAUCGUUGUCAAGCUGAUUCAACUAAGACUCAUGUUGCCCUUGCCUUUGAAGUUCCUGGUGGUUGGCACAAGGAGAAAGAGGCCAUGACAUUGGCAGUACUCCAGAUUCUUUUGGGUGGAGGUGAUUCUUUCUCUGCUGGAGGUCCUGGGAAAGGGAUGCACUCUCGUCUUUAUCUUCGUAUCUUAAAUGAAUUUCAGCAAAUUCAGUCAUGUUCUGCUUUCAACAGUAUCUACAAUAACACAGGCAUCUUUGGGAUCUAUGCAACUGCUGGCUCAGACUUUGUAUCUAAAGCUGUUGAUUUAUUAGCAAGAGAGCUUCUCACAGUUGCAACUCCGGGUGAAGUUGACCAGAAACAGCUAGAUCGUGCCAAAGUGACAACAAAGUCUGCAGUUCUGAUGAACAUGGAAUCAAGAGCAGCUGUCGCAGAAGAUAUAGGGCGUCAGAUUUUGACAUAUGGGGAGAGGAAGCCUGUAGAGCACUUCUUGAAGGCCGUUGAUGAAGUUACUUUGAAGGACAUCUCUUCCAUUACUCAGAAGAUCCUUUCUUCACCACUCACGAUGGCGUCGUGGGGAGAUGUUCUUAAAGUUCCCAGCUACGAAUCCGUCAGCAGCAAAUUCCAUGCCAAAUGAAUGUCGCAGCGGCCUUUCAUCCCAACGCAUCUGCAAUUUUGAAUAUAUGUUUUUUUGAAGCUCCUUGGUCAUGGCCAUAGCUUGCUCAAAAAUAAAAGGAAAUGGCCGUUGUGAGAAAAUGCUAUUGAAGAAGAUUCCCUUUCUCGUGUCAAUAAUUUGGCAAUCUUAUGCAUCAGCAUCGGCUUCUUCUUCUUCGAUGCUCAGUUUGUAAAAUUUCAUUCUCUCUUCCUAUGGAUAUCUUUUUUGCAUCAGCUUCUGACUUAGCGAUUUCCAAUAAAUUCUGAAAUUCUAAUUAUUUAAACUCAAAGACUUACUGAAUGGUUCCUUUGUUGUA